AUUAUCUACAGAGUGCGCGCGACGACGUAACGGUUUCUGGUCUGAGUGUUUUUAUUCUUUCAUGGCGCAUGUCGUGUACGUUCAACGAAGAGUAAUUAUCGCUCGCAUUUGACGCAGUGCGUUAAUCUGAUAUUACAAACGGAAAAGAACGUUGUAUAGUGCCGCGUGUUACGCGAUACGCUUUCCAAGCUGGUAAUCCGUGUUAGUGCUUCGUAAAACAAAUACAGCAGUUAAGCACUGUAGAGAAAACUUGACAUUGGAACGGCCAUUUUGGCGUGUUGUUUCCUAAUCGAGUGCUCAGCUCAGCAUCGAUAUCCAUCCAUUUCAAGUAGGUCACUCGAGUUUGCUGCUUGCCUUUUGUCUUAUAAGUACUUAGGUAUAGAACUUGUAUGUGAUACUUGCAAAUUCAAAUUUCUGGUUCUUUCGGCUUAUUAGGAAGUAAAAUAUUUCAUCAUUUUCAAAAUGAUGACAGAAGCACAUAUAAAUUCCAAUCACGUCUUGAAUUCUGGUUUGACAUCCAAAUCGGAAAUAGACAAAAUGGACGAUGUAGGUUGGAAAGCCAAAUUAAAAAUUCCACCAAAGGACAAACGAAUUAAAACUAGUGAUGUUACUGAUACUCGUGGCAAUGAAUUUGAGGAGUUUUGCCUAAAGCGAGAAUUAUUGAUGGGAAUUUUUGAAAAAGGCUGGGAAAAGCCUUCUCCCAUUCAAGAAGCCAGUAUUCCCAUUGCAUUGUCCGGUAAGGAUAUCUUGGCUCGUGCAAAGAAUGGGACUGGUAAAACUGGGGCCUACUCAAUUCCAGUGCUAGAACAGGUUGAUCCACAAAAAGGUGUGAUCCAGGCAUUGGUAAUUGUACCCACUAGAGAGUUAGCUCUUCAGACAUCACAAAUCUGUAUGCAACUGGCAAAACAUAUGGAUAUAAAGAUAAUGGUAUCUACUGGAGGAACAAACUUGCGGGAUGAUAUUAUGAGGAUUUAUCAGAAAGCGCAAGUAAUAAUUGCAACGCCAGGAAGAAUUCUCGAUCUAAUGGACAAGAGUGUUGCACACAUGGAUCAUUGUAAAAUUCUAGUUUUGGAUGAAGCAGAUAAGCUUCUAUCACAAGAUUUUAAAGGAAUGUUGGAUCAUGUGAUUUCUAGAUUGCCACAUGAACGUCAGAUAUUGUUGUAUUCAGCCACAUUUCCCUUGACGGUCAAACAAUUCAUGGAGAAACACUUAAGAGAUCCAUACGAGAUUAAUUUAAUGGAGGAACUCACAUUGAAAGGUGUAACACAAUAUUACGCCUUUGUACAAGAACGACAAAAAGUUCAUUGCCUUAAUACGCUGUUUUCCAAGUUGCAAAUAACACAAAGUAUAAUAUUCUGCAAUUCGACGCAACGCGUUGAAUUAUUGGCGAAAAAAAUAACAGAUCUCGGGUACUGCUGUUAUUACAUACACGCGAAAAUGGCGCAGGCACACCGAAAUCGCGUGUUUCAUGAUUUUCGAGCAGGAGUAUGCAGAAAUCUGGUUAGCAGCGAUCUCUUCACACGUGGUAUUGACGUACAAGCUGUGAACGUUGUAAUCAAUUUUGACUUUCCAAAAAUGGCAGAGACAUACUUGCAUCGUAUUGGCCGAUCAGGACGAUUUGGCCAUUUAGGUAUAGCAAUUAACCUAAUCACAUACGAGGACCGUUUUAACUUGCAUCGUAUCGAACAAGAACUUGGAACAGAAAUUAAACCUAUCCCAAAGGUAAUAGAUCCAAAUUUGUAUGUAGCAAGACCAAAAGACAAUAAUAGUAUGGAAGAGGUUAAUGUGUCCAAGUAGUUUCGAUACAUCGUCAUUAUGAAGUUUUACAUGCGCUCAAAGAGUUUAAAGUGUAAAAUGGUGAUUGUGACUCGUACGUAUAAGGCAUACAUUGCUAUGCUUUGAACUCACAGAGUGAAAUGUUACUUUAGUUUGGAAUGAAUUGUCUGGUGUGUUUAACAGUAUAUAAAGACAAAACAGUGCUAUGAACAUUUAGAUAAAAAAAAGUGGUCUAUAUAGAGAAAAAAAAUUGAAAAUUUCAAUUAACAUAAGUAAGCAGCGGAAACAUGAAUUACUUGUAAAUAAGGCAUAUACUGAAUACGAAACAGUGAACUCAGUGAAUGAAAUGAUGAUGCGAAUGUCGGUGCGAGUCAUUCUUUGUACAUAAACACAUAUAAAUGUACAUAAUCUAAAGUGCGUCAGAGUCAAGCCAUUAUCAAGAGCACAAUAUGUAAACGAAUACAUGAGUAACAUAAUAAUCAUAACAUUUUACCGCAACUUGUAAAUAUUACAUGAAGAGUAUCCAUCAUUUUAAUAGUAAAUUUUUAUACAACGGCUUCAUACUUCCAAGAUCUUUUGUUCUUUAAGGGAAAUUGUGAUGGCAUGUGUGAUUUAAAGGAGAAACAGCAGAGUGAAAGAAAAUUCAUAUGUGAGUGCUGUUUAUGAAUAUCCAAAUAUUGUAUAUUAAUCCAUAUGCCCAUUACUUUUGCAUCUCUAUAACCGCAUAUAAAUUUUCCUUAAAUACACAGUCCACAAAUUCUAAAUAUCGUAUUGAUCUUAAUAUUUGAUCAUGGCUUGAUUUUGCUACUUGUCAAUGCUGUCGUACAACUCUGAAAUUCAAAUCACUUUUCAAAAAAGCAAGAUUAUCUUUUCUUUCUGUAAGGCGGUAAUAAAAAACAUUCUUUUUUUUUAACUUAAUCGUAAUUUUUGUUACGAAAUUGUGAUUGAGCGUCAGAGAUUGUAAAAUUGACUAGUUUUAUAUAAUUAUUUUGUAUAAAUAAUUGGCUGGUGGCAAUUAUUAAUGUUAGGGAUUCAAUGUCUGAUUUCUAUUAAAUAUUUAUGUAUCUAUUACAAAAUUGAUGCUUCAACGGGUUAUGAGUAAAUAAGGUCAUCUAAAAAGAAUUCUUUAUUACUCUUAAAACACGUUUUAUGUAAAUUUAUAGGAGAAAACUGUACGGAUUAUAGCUUAGCAUACCAUUCUCUGUGACAGAUGGAUUAACUGCCAAAAUGUAAUUUACUAUUCAAACAUCAUGGAAUCCCUUUUUAUUCUUGGUUUUUCUUUUUGAUAUAUCUGUGUACAUGUGAAUUGUACAAAAUACAAAUAACUAUAAAAGGCGUUCAAAAAUUGAGUGCGUUAGGUUUCUAUUACAUUAUUCAUAUAUUCUGUAAACAAACAAGUACACCACCAGCCAAGGCAACUUAGGUUUAUGGAACGAAAAUGCGUAUACAUUAAUAGGCAAUAGUAGAAUAUUUCUUACUUGAAGCGAAAAAUUUCAACGAGAAAUAUCAAUGGGAGCGAUGAAAAAGGGGUUUAAAAUGCUUUUAGUCUUAUAAUAUCAGUUUUGACGGAUAUUUUGCUUUUGCGAUUGAUGGCAACAGAAGAGAUGUCUUAUGACAAAGAUAUAUUGACUGCUGGAGCAGAAAGUGUAAGUAUUUGAAAUUUUGCUACAGAACAAAUAUGAAAAAUUAACCAAACAAAGUGAAAUGUUUUUACAUGCGAAGAAAAAGAUUGUACUGUUGAAUUAAUCUUUAUUUCUACAUAAUGCAUGUAAAAUUUACUGACCUAACAAUUUUUAAUUUUUUAUUUCUAAUUCGAUGUUUUGUAUAAGCAACACAUAUUUAAUACAGUCAGAAAGCGUGAUAUUACAAACGAGAUAUUAAUAACUACGAAUAUUUGGCGUGGAAGUUCUAUACAAUGACUUGUGUUCGUAUCAGGAAUAGAACAAAGAAUUAUUUUCUUUAAUUCCUUACCUGUCGUGAAAUUUAAAAAAAAUAUAUAUAUAUAUAUUUAUAAUAUACUAGGUAAAACAUCAACUCUACAAAACACGUUGCAAUCCUAUUCUACGCAUGAAUGAUAUGAUAUACAAAUUAUUAACCACUGACGUAAGACAACAUCUCUCUUGUGCCACGAUCCGAGCAUUAACGCUGUGAUUUAGUAUUAUGGUAUUAAAAGCAUUAAAAUCCGUUUUUUUCUUCAUAUUCACGCAAAUCAUAAUUUGAUACGUACGAUGUUUCAUUAAUGAGAAAUACGUCUCAAGAGGUGUAGAGAAGGACAUCAAUCGAUUCACACAUUUUUCUGUCAACUUGAUGGAAAUGUGUCCCAGAAAUUGGUGUUGACAUGAAAAGUCUCAAUAACUGAUCGUAACACAAAGCACGCAUCUUAUUGUUGCGAGGAUCGGGUAUGAUGAUGCUUGAAGCGAUAGAAGGAAGCGAAUUAUCAAUAAAGAAAAAAAAAUCAAUGUACGAGACAUUCUUUUUCACAUUGGGAUGUAAAUAUUCUAAAGUGGGAUAACUGAAACGGUUACGAAAAUUGGCAGUGAUUUAUGGAAAUAAUUACGUAAGCGUUGUAUUUAUAAACAGUUGGGAAAACUGGAAACAUUACUUAGCAUUUUGUUUGUGGCUCUUUUUUCGUCAAUCGGAUACGUUCGAUAAAGUGAAAUCGCAUAUGAUUCCAUUCUAAUGUAACAUUAUGAUCGUUUGUUUUUUCGAAUUUUAUUGAUUUCUCAAUACGGAGAACGCGUAAAGUGAAUAAGUCGAACAGUAUUUCGGAUGUUUUUCUUCUAAAAAAAACGAAAAAAAAAAUACUCUCUUUGCAUAUUCACCGCAAAAUUUUGCUUUUGUGUUGUAUGUUUGUGAAAGUUAUCAUGGUUCUUUUGACUGAAGUUCUAUAGACUAGGACACCGAUACUCUUGGUCUUACUAAAUUGUCAUUGGAAAUACCAUUACAUCCAACAUGGAAUCUAUUUUGUGAGGUAUAUUUUAAUCAAUCUUUAAAAGAGUCAAGAAAAGUGUCAACGAAGAAGAUCAUAAAACUUGAACGAAUUUUCACGCAAAACGCGUACAAUCAUUCCUGAUCAUUUAACACGCGCUUCGAUUACUUCAUCAAGCAUUAUAUUAUACACAUACACAGACACACAGACACACACACGAGUGUUUGUUUAUUUGUCAGUUUUACAACUGAGUGUUAAUGAGUCAAACUUAUGUAUAUGACUGCAUACGUUUGAGGUAUUAGGAACAGUGUCAGAAAAGUGUCGUUACCAUAUUCGUCUUGACUCUUUUUAAAGAAUGGUAUGCGCGUGAGAUGAAAUUAUAAAUUUCUAGUAGAGGGUGGGCGAGAAAAAUUGCUGAAUGCAAAGCUAUGCGGAUAGACUGAAGGGUAUUAUGCAUAUAGGAUGUAUCAAAACAUGUAAACACAUCUUCAGAGGUGAAUUUACUAUGGAAAAGUAAUGGAACACGUUUAUGUAAACAUUAUUUAAUUCGUUGAUUUUUACUACAAAAUAAACUAGCUUAAUAAUGUCAGAACUCUAUGUUGGAAAUAAGUGACCAACAUGGUCGUUUUGGUACCAGUGUACCCAUUCAGAUAAUUUUUUAUUGAAUUUCUGAUACAUUUAACAAGCCCAAGGUACGCACUGUUUUAACUCGAUUCGAUUGAGCGUGCAACGAAAGCUAAUUGUUAAAACUUGAAUGCCCAAAGUCAAGCGAAAGAAAUGUUUAUAUGAAUUUUCUUCGCCACUUUUGAACGUUGAAUACUCUCUCCGAAUGCGUGCAUACUUUGAUACAUCUUAUAUUUAUAUACGUAUAUGUUUGUUUCGUUCUGUGGUUGAUAUUGAUGAGUAAUUUGAACCCUUAAGGUUACAUCAUCCUCCAUGUUGUACGUGGAAGUUAGAUCCGUGCAAUAUGUAUGUACAAUAUGUAUGUAUACACGUGUAUACUUCCGGCAGCAUAGAAGAUUGUUGAUGCAAACGACCGAAGCGAUUUUUGUUGAUGAAAAUCUUGUAAGCGUUCCCUCAUGUCUGUCGCAUAGAUACGUAUAUAUUUCCAAGUGAAGUUCCUGUGCCUCAUCUUGGAGAUGAAAAUACCCAUGAUGUGGAAACAAUCGGUGAGGGCACCUUUAUGUAUGUAAAAGUGCAAUGUUGGAAGCGUUGUGUUAACAUCUGGAUUUGGAAAACCUUUACGACCAUCAUAAAGGGUUGUGUCAAAUUUUCAAUGCGAAUAAUUCAAUUCGUACAAGCGAAGGAACACGACACCUUUCAUGAAACUCGAGAUUCUCUGUCGACAGUUUCAACCUUCGCCAUUAUUUGCGCUGACUUGAUUCAGUGCCACGAGCUGCGUACACACAUUAGGCAAUAUAUAUUUUGACAGUAAAAAACAAGAAGUCAGAACCAUUGGUCUCAAACGAACAGUUUCAACAAAUUUUCUAUGAGCAGCUCGUUCGUGACAUUGAAAGAAGAUCUUCAAUCACUCACGAGAAAUAUAUUUAAAAAAAAGAAAAAAAGAAAAAAAAAUAUACCAAAAAAAACAUUCUUUCACACAUGAAAAGAAAAAAAAGUACCGUCGUUGUAAACGUCCGAUAAUCAUUGAAAAAUUUUUUUCCAAAAUGUUAGUUGAUUUCCACAGAAUCCGGCGAUCGUUCCACGUAGACGGUACAAUAGAAAUGCAUCCGUAAGAACCUUUUUCGUGGUUAACGAACAAAGCAAGAAAUUCUCUGCGAUAAAUUCAAACGAAAGUUCACUAUCCCCGUGACAGCAGAAAAAAUUUGAAAUUAUGAAUUCGUGUAAAUGCAAGUCGCACAUUACUGUGCACUUGUUUUUUAAUGUUUUCUAUACAGUAUAUCUUACAGUUUAAGAUCUUGUAAUUCACGAAAGCAAUAAGUGUUGCGCAUUACGAAACACUUAUGCAGUAUUGCACGGCUUGCAUGAGUAUUCAUAGAAGGAAAACCGAUACAAACCUAUGAUCUCUAUCUCUCUGUCUGUAUGAUCGUAUAUGUUGAUCAAAUUCUGUUCUUUUUUUUGUAUCUCGAACUUCUUAUGUACCUCCGUGAAGCCGAAACGGUUUAUGUUUAUUACUUUCGAAAAGAAACAAAAAAAGAAAUAACGAAAACAAAUUGAACAAUCUCAAGCGUGCGAGGAAACAAUAUUCAGGUAUUGUCCGUUUACCCCCCAGGAACAAAAGUAUGUUUAUUUAUCGAUUAUAAAGAUAGGUUUGUACCCCCGUACUCCGAAAGAAAGAUCUUUUUUUUAUUUCCUAUUUUUUUUUUAAUUUCUCAGAGCACAGUCUCGAUGUAAUUGGAAUCGCAUGUUCAUGAAUUUGUUUUUGAAAAGAACAAUUAUGACAAAACAAAUUUGGUCCUUAAUAAAAAUUUCCGGUUCAGUA